CAUGUGUCGUCCGUUCAGUCGGGUGUCUGGACUGCGGUGACUGUCACGGACCACGGUGGACCGUGGUGGGGACGCUGCGCUCUUGCACGACAGCAAGGGUGGAUAGUGUCAUGGAGGUUCACGUAGAGAGUGAAAAUGUGCGCUACACCCCGGAGUUCAUAGAGGCGAAAUAUCAAUACCACACCACGAAAACGUCGACCGAAGGGAAUGUCAUCAAGGUGCGACCAGUGACUGUCGACUGUGAAUUCCGAACAACUCGAACUCGGCCCCGACUCGGUGUGAUGCUGGUCGGGUGGGGAGGGAACAACGGUACCACCGUCACCGCUGCCGUGCUAGCAAACCGUCUGGGCCUCAGCUGGAGAACCCGAACCGGUGAACAGAAAGCAAACUACUACGGUUCGUUGACGCAGUCUUCCACGGUGGACCUGGGAGGGGGGCAGCACGCACCCCUGAACAGCCUGCUGCCCAUGGUCCACCCCAACGAUCUGCUGUUGGACGGCUGGGACAUCUCGUCCGCCCCACUCUCCGAGGCUAUGGAGCGAGCACAGGUGCUGGACCCGGCUCUCCAAGAGCAACUGAAGCCGCACAUGGCGGGAAUGAGGCCCCGUCCGGCGCUAUAUGAUCCGGAGUUUAUCGCAGCCAAUCAGGCCGACCGGGCUGACAACGUCAUCAAGGGAACCCUUCAGCAGCAGGUGGACCAACUCCGGGCGGACAUACGUCACUUCCGGUCCACUUCCGGCGCCGAUCGAGUCAUCGUUCUCUGGACUGCCAACACCGAACGGUUCGCUGAAAUUCGUGCCGGUCUCAACAAUACGGAAGAGGAGCUACUGGAGGCCAUCGCAAAUGCUGGGGAUAUCAGUAAAGGAGAAGGCGUCAGCGGGGGUGUGGUAAAUGGUGGCGUAGAAAAUGGUGAUGUGCCUAACGACAUCGAUGAAACCAUCGUCAGCAACGUAGGCAGCAGCGUAGGCAGCAACAGUGAUAAUGUUAUUGGUGGCAUCACCAAUGGGUUUGGAAAUGGUGACGCGAAGAACGGCAGCAACGGGGCAAGCAACGGCAUCACCACCAACAACACCAGUAGCAGCAGCAGCGGCAGAGGAGGGGGUCUUCUUGCGCCCAGCACCUUGUACGGUGUCGCCGCCAUGCUGGAAGGAUGUGCGUUCAUUAACGGUUCUCCACAAAACAGCCUGGUACCCGGGCUUAGACAAAUGGCAGAGCGAAGAGGGCUCUUCCUGGCCGGAGACGACUUCAAGUCCGGACAGACUAAGGUGAAGUCCGUUCUGGUGGAUUUUCUCGUAUCAGCUGGCAUCAAGCCAGUCUCCAUCGUCAGCUACAACCACCUGGGGAAUAACGACGGGCGUAACCUCUCCGCCCCGCAGCAGUUUAGGAGCAAGGAGAUCUCCAAGUCGGGCGUCGUUGAAGACAUGGUCGCCUCCAAUACCAUCCUGUAUCCCGACGGUCGGGGGCCGGAUCACUGCAUUGUCAUUCAAUAUGUGCCUUAUGUGGGCGACUCAAAACGCGCGAUGGACGAGUACACGUCAGAGAUUAUGUGCGGCGGACACAACACCAUGGUGCUCCACAACACGUGUGAAGACUCCCUGCUGGCUGCACCACUGAUACUGGAUCUGGUCAUCCUUACCGAGCUGUUCCAGAGGGUCCAAUUCAGAUGCGGCGCGGAGGAGGAAUUCCACGGCCUUCACAGCGUGCUGUCCAUUCUCGGCUACCUACUGAAGGCGCCGGCUGUGCCCCCCGGCGCCCCCGUUAUAAACGCUCUCUCCAAACAGCGUGCUGCCAUCGAGAACAUUCUACGCGCGUGCGUAGGUCUACAGCCAGUUAGUGACAUAGGCUUGGAGUUUAAACUCCCUGAGAGCUACCGUGAAGCGUGGCGACAGCGUGGCGUGGCCACGGAGGUGGCGGGUGGUCACGUGACCGGCGACCGAGUCGUGAAGCAAAUGACGUCAGAAGGGGUGCAGAAUGGUACUGGAAAUGUACAGGGCAUGAAUGGACGUGGCUAGAUGGAGGAGUGUAGAUUUGUCACGUAACCAGAACGUGACUGAGCGAGAAAUGAACCGAGGCAGUGCCGAUUGGGCACGUGAUCGCCGAGAAAAGCCUUAGGGGCUGCGCCGGUGUUAUUGUGAGACUAGUGCUAGGUUCCACUAUAGGCUAAUAGGUGGCGCUGAUGUAGUUAUAGGUGUCGCUAGGGAUGUGUAAUUGUACUGAGAAUAUCGGUUUACCUGCGGACCACCCUGUAUAAUAAACAACAUCGAAUACACAUAAAACGCUACUACCUCUUGAUCUUCAAACACUCUUCCAACAUAAUAUUACCUAUACUUUGCCUCUAUAUGAAUACUAAAAGCUGGUUAAAACUAGAAUGGUUUCCCGUCGCUUUUACGAAUGUUCAGUGAGCCGGGAUGGGUAGCCACUAGCCACAUUCGAUCAUUCAAUAAGUGUUACAUGGCAAAAGACGCAAUUCAAAAAAAAUGUAUUAGCGGGCAAACAUAAGAGGUGAAUGCACAUCUACACGCGACGCAACAAGCACACUUAAUAGUCUUCUAAAACAUUUAUCUUUUUAUCGUUCGAACAAUCGUUGACAAAUAGUUGCACGUUGGUAGCUGACUAUAAGCUAGUUGUAGCCCUUGAAGCUACACCAUGAUUAUUCAUAGCACCAGCGUCUUUUGAUGACAGGUUAACAAUAUUUUCAAAACGGUGUUGUAAAUAUCAGCUUUGGUAGGGACACAAAGACGCAUCUUCCUACUCACAACAUUAUCAUAUGGCGCACCGAAUGCUAUACUGUCAGUUUCGUUUGUGUCAUAGCAUGGUCUCGUGCCUGUAGAGCUUAGCGAUCAUGUUGCUAACAAGUAAUGGACAUCUCAGACCAAUAACACACAGAAAACCCAGGACAUAGUGGCCUGUUAGAAUGACCUUAUCCUUAUCUAGCAGCUAACUAAGUCGAUUUUUCAUCUAACUAGAUAGUAAUUAGUGAUCGUUAUGCGCUCUAACCGCUAGGAAGCGGAAAUAUUACCAAUAUCACAAUUACACAGCAAACAGUCGCAACAGUGCCAGUGACAACGCUACGACAGUCACAUUCGGGCUGUACUAGCGCACACGAUUCAACGGCUGAUUGGACCAAUGGGCGGUAACAUCAGCCAACUGUUUGGACCAAUCAGCGUUCACAUCAGCCCAGAACGGACCAAUCAGCGUUCACAUCAGCCCAGUACCGACCAAUCAGCGUUCACAUCAGCCUAGUACGGACCAAUCAGUGCCGAGGCCGGACCCAUCAGGGCCAAUGAGUGCCGAAUGACUGGCCCUGUCAGGGUUAUUUUGUGCCGAGCCCAGCCUAGUUUGGACCGAUGCAAUUGGUGCAACCAGCCUAGUGCCUAAAAAUGGCUAACAUUUUAAAUUUCAGACAGUGACGUGUCUUACCCUAUACCUACGUCAUACGAAACGAAUCAUAUGAUGACAAUUACUGGUAAAUCAAGAGACGAAAGAUGAAUGUGGGGUACAUAUGUUUCGCUACUUUCAAGUGUAAUCUUGUAGUGCCACCUAUUUCUAUUUCAAAUACAGAUCAAUCAGAUGUUUAUACAAA